UGUUUUGUGAAAUCUUAUCAAUAAAUAAUUGUGUUAUCAGGGUGUGUGAUUCUAUUUUGUUCGCACAACUUGUUUUGUAGUAGAAUUCCGCUCCCGUUGUUUUUAUUUUCAUCCAUUUAGUUGUGUGUACGUUGCAUAACCUUAAAUACGGCCACAGAACGGGAGUAAAGUACAAUUUUUUUAAAAUAUUCUGUUUUAAAGUUGCUAUCAGUCGUGUUUUCAUUUUGAAGCCAAAAAGUAUUGCCAGCAGCAUAAAACAAACUUUUUAAUUUCAGUAUAAACGAAUUAAAGAGUAAAAUAUUUGCAAAAUGUUCUCGUUACGUUUAGCAACUCGUUGUAUGACUUCUGCCGGUCCAACUCUUUUCAGAAAUAAUACAAUUAACAGAACGAUAAUUUACGCUGGGAUGGCAACUAAAAUUAAAGCUGGUCCCGUUGUUGAUAUUUUGGGCGAUGAAAUGACCCGCAUCAUUUGGUCAUCCAUUAAGGAUAAAUUGAUUUUACCCUUCUUGGACAUUGAGUUGCACACAUACGAUUUGGGCAUGGAACAUCGUGACAAGACCGAAGAUCAAGUCACCAUUGAUUGUGCCGAAGCCAUCAAGAAAUACAAUGUUGGUAUUAAGUGUGCCACCAUCACUCCCGAUGAGAAGCGCGUCGAAGAAUUCAAAUUGCAAAAGAUGUGGAAGAGUCCCAACGGUACUAUUCGUAACAUUCUCGGUGGUACUGUAUUCCGUGAAGCUAUUACUUGCAAAAACAUUCCCCGUUUGGUCAGUGGCUGGGAGAAGCCCAUUGUUAUUGGUCGUCACGCCCAUGCUGAUCAAUACAAGGCUACCGACUUUGUUGUUCCUGGUGCUGGUACCUUGACCAUGACUUUUGUUCCUGCUGAUGGUAGUGCUGAAAUCAAACACGAAGUCCAUCAAUACAAGGGUGCUGGUGUUGCCAUGGGUAUGUUCAAUACCGAUGCCUCCAUUAUUGACUUUGCCCACGCCUCCUUGAAAUAUUCCCUCGCCCGCAAAAUGCCCUUGUACUUGAGUACCAAGAACACCAUUCUCAAGAAAUACGAUGGUCGCUUCAAGGAUAUCUUUGAAGAAAUCUACCAAAAGGAAUACAAGAAGGACUACGAGGCCGCUGGCAUCUGGUAUGAACAUCGUUUAAUCGACGAUAUGGUUGCCUAUGCCAUGAAAUCUGAGGGUGGCUUCGUUUGGGCAUGCAAAAACUACGACGGUGAUGUACAAUCCGAUUCCGUUGCCCAGGGUUAUGGCUCUUUGGGUCUCAUGACUUCUGUCUUAAUCUGCCCCGAUGGCAAAACUGUAGAAUCCGAAGCCGCUCACGGCACCGUUACCCGCCAUUACCGCAUGUACCAACAGGGCAAGGAAACCUCCACCAACCCCAUUGCCUCCAUCUUCGCCUGGACCCGUGGUUUGUUGCACCGUGCCAAGCUCGACAACAAUACUGAACUUAAGAAAUUCGCCGAAACUUUGGAAAAGGUCUGUGUCGAUACCAUUGAAGCUGGUUCCAUGACCAAGGAUUUGGCUAUCUGCAUUAAGGGCAUGAACAAUGUACAACGUAGCGACUACAUGGAAACCUUUGAAUUCAUGGAUAAAUUGGCUGAAAACUUGAAGAAGGCUAUGGCUUGACUAUCUACUCAAGAGGAUAAGAAGUCUCAUCUCUAGAUUAGUUAUUUCUAGUGGAUUCAUAUUUAAUAUGUAUUUUUGUAUGUUUAUUUUUAAAGAUCGCAUCUUUUGCAUUUUAUGUUUUAUUUUAUUUUAUACAUCAUAGAUAACAAACAACACCAUAUUGGCGUUUAAGAAACGUUACAAUAAUAAAGAAAUUCAUUUUUGUACUUUCAAUUAUAAAAGACAAAA